CCGAGGAUCAUUUCGAAUCGUACGCGAUUCUCUCCUAUGGGCUAACUUUAGAACUUCUCCAGGCAUAAACUGCGAACGCCCGCACGUUCCCCAGUUUACGCAGCUCUCUGUGUCGUCGCGUGUCACGUCGCAGCUCCGCCCUCGCACACGUCGUAGCGCGGCAGGCACUGCCAGCGCGGGACUGUGGGACACCCCUUCACAGCGCCAGGCCGAGGGGCGCACCCUGAGCGGAAUGGGCGACUGGAAAGGCUACAUUAGCGCGGUGCUGCGGGAUCAGCGAAUCGACGACGUGGCCAUUGUGGGCCACGCGGACAAUCGCUGCGUGUGGGCCUCGCGGCCCGGGGGCCUGCUGGCGGCCAUCUCGCCGCAGGAGGUGGGCGUGCUCACGGGGCCCGACAGGCGCACCUUCCUGCAGGCGGGCCUGAGCCUGGCGGGCCGCCGCUGCUGCGUCAUCCGAGACUACCUGCUGGCCGACGGCGACGGUGUGCUAGACGCGCGCACGAAGGGGCUGGACGGGCGCGCGGUCUGCGUGGGCCUCUCGCCGCGCGCGCUCCUCGUGCUCAUGGGCCGCCGCGGCGUGCACGGCGGCAUCCUCAACAAGACGGUUCACGAGCUGAUCCGCGGGCUGCGCACGCAGGGCGCCUAGCGGCGCAGCAGGACGGCGGAGGUGGCGGGAAUAAACUGUGACUUGGACG